UGUUAUAGAACGAGGUAGAUAAGAUUGCAUUCUAGCCAUAUAUUUCAUAAAUCAAUUGUAAAUGGAAAUUUCUGAGUGAUAAUCAGAAACAAUUGGUCCUACCAGAAUCAGUCUAUGUAGAAGACACAAAUCAUUUCAGCUUCCGUUUCUGAAAGGAGCUGCCCCUCGAAUUCCUCAUACUUAGUACUGAGAAAAUCGGAAAUCAACGUUAAUGGCUUUUGAAACAGUAAAAUAUGGGAUAAUUGGAGUUGGAAUGAUGGGAAGAGAACACCUUAUCAAUCUCUACCACCUCAAGAAUGAAAAUGUUGCUGUAGUUGCUGUUGCUGAUCCUCACUUGCCUUCCCAGCAGCAAGCCCUCAAACUUGCACACUCUUUCAACUGGCCAAUUCAGGUAUUUUGUAAUCACAAGGAGCUGUUGGAUAGUGGAGUGUGUGAUGUAGUGGUUGUAUCUACUCCAAACAUGACUCACUAUGAAAUCUUGAUGGAUAUUCUCAGCCACCCCAAACCCCAUCAUGUUUUGGUGGAGAAGCCUCUCUGCACAACUGUAGCACAUUGCAGACAGGUCAUAGAAGCUGCUAAACGCAGAGCAGAUUUGCUAGUACAGGUUGGAUUAGAAUAUAGAUACAUGCCACCUGUUGCCAAACUGAUUGAUGUGGUUAAGGGUGGAGCUCUGGGACAAAUCAAAAUGGUUGCUAUCCGUGAACACCGCUUCCCGUUUCUAAUCAAGGUUAACAAUUGGAACCGAUUCAACUGUAACUCCGGAGGUACUCUGGUAGAGAAAUGCUGCCACUUCUUUGAUCUCAUGACGCUGUUUGCUGGUGCUAAUCCUGUCCGUGUCAUGGCUUCUGGAGCUAUUGAUGUCAAUCAUAAAGAUGAAAUCUAUGAUGGGAAGGUGCCAGAUAUAAUCGAUAAUGCAUAUGUGAUUGUUGAAUUCGAAAACGGUUCACGCGGCAUGCUUGAUCUCUGUAUGUUUGCCGAAGGCAGUAAAAAUGAGCAAGAGAUAUCUGUUGUUGGUCACAUCGGAAAGGGUGAGGCAUUUGUGCCAGAAAACAUAGUCUGUUGGGGCACUCGUGCAGAGGGAAGAAGCGGCGUGAAGACGUUAAAAGCUGAGGAUGAUCGUAUCAAGUAUGAUGGGCUACAUCAUGGUUCUAGCUAUCUGGAACAUCUUCACUUUUUGUCGGCAGUACGAGCGAAAGGUACGCAAGCUCCCGCUGUAGGCCUGCACGACGGAUUGCUCUCUGUGGCCAUAGGAGUUGCAGCUCAACUCUCCAUUGAGAAAGGCCGCUUCAUAACUAUCGAGGAGGUCAUGGAAUAACCAUUCUACAUUCUCCGGUUGAGGUUCGUUCUCAGCUUCCAGACAUACAACUUGUCGAGGGAAAUGUUUACGUUGGGUGAUAGCUUAUAUAUAUGUCAAAGAAAUAUGCUAAUUUGCCACAAAUCUUGAUGGAUUGGAACAAUUUUGAGCUUCUUUCAUGUAAUCCUUGAAAGAUUCAAUUCUAUGUAUAGUCAAUCCAAUCUACUGAUCACCCAAAGUAGACGCUCCCUAAUCUUAUAGCGUCUCCAUGAAGUUUAGCUGAAUAACUGAUUUGAAAAGAGAAAGGCAACUCUGUGAGGGAUGAUAUAUCGAUGUAAUGAGGUAGUAGCUAACUAUCAUAAAAUAUCAAAUUAAGGUAUCAAUUAUGUAUUUUAUCAAUUAUAAAAAGUAAAGGCCCUCAGAUUUGAUUAAA